UCUAAGCUCAGUCUGAAAGUUUUCUUGAUUCACAGUUAUUUUUUAGUACCGAUAAAUUCUAUAGAAAUCUGACAAGUAAUUUUUAUGUGAGAAAAAAUCAGUUAGAUAAAGAAGUUGAUGUUUUUUUAUCUUAUUCAAACUAAAAAACCAUAUUUUUGAUAGAACAAAUUUUACUGUUUAUACAAAAAUCUAGAUUUUAACAAAAUCGUGAGAAGUAGAAAAUGUCAACCUGUUUUUCUUAUGAAUCGAUUCGAACGCCUUUUGAUCUUAAUGAACAAUCAGAUAUUCUCAAGGGCUCUGAGGUUAUACGCAUCUCAAAAUUCUACAACGAAAGCAGGCAGGGUAAAUUUGUAAGUUAUAUUUAUGAUGACACCCGUACUUUAUACGAUGCUUUUAGAAGAGGUGCUAAGGAAUCCAAUAACGGUCCAUGUCUUGGUUGGAGAGAUGAUAAAAUAAAAAGUUAUCAAUGGUUGCACUAUAACGAAACCUUGUUGAGAGCAAAAAAUUUUGGAUCAGGACUUAUUUUACAUGGAAUACAACCUUCUUCUCAAACUUUAAUUGGAAUUUAUAGUCAGAAUAAUCCAGAAUGGAUACUAACUGAACAAGCUUGCUACACAUACUCUAUAGUGCUCGUACCUCUGCAUGAUACAUUGGGACAAGAUUCAUGUGUAUUUAUUAUAAACCAAGCUGAAAUAAGCGUAAUGAUUUGUGAAGAUGACAAAAAAUGUAAUUUUCUUCUAUCAAAAGCUCCGAGAUGUCUCCGAAAAAUCAUUGUCAUUAAAGAAACAAGGUCGUCAACACAGCAAAGAGCACGAAACAGAGGUAUAGAAUUGUUAAAAUUCUCUGAAGUUGAGAAACUUGGUUCGCAAAAAAAUUAUCCAGAAGUACCACCAAAACCAGCAGAUCUUAGUACAGUUUGUUAUACCUCAGGUACUACUGGUAGUCCAAAAGGAGUAAUGUUGACCCACCAAAAUGUUAUGUCAGGUAUAUCGGCUGUUUUGCUUCAGUUAGGAGAAUUUAGACCUACUCAACAUGAUGUCAUGAUAAGCUUCUUACCACUAGCACAAAUGUUAGAAAGAUGUUGUGAAAAUGGUAUGUACAUGGUUGGAGGAUCUGUUGGAUUCUUUAGUGGGGAUAUAAAGACAUUGUCUGACGAUAUGAAGAUAUUGAAACCAACUGUUAUGCCAGCCGUUCCACGACUUCUUAAUCGGCUUUAUGAUAAGAUUCGUCAAGAACUUGAUAACUCAUUUGUUAAGCGGACUUUAUUUAACAUAGGAAUACGAUCGAAAGAAUCUGAUUUAAAAAAAUGUAUUAUUCACAGAAAUUCUAUAUGGGAUAAGACUCUGUUUAAGAAAAUUCAAGAGGAAAUGGGUGGAAAUCUACGACUUAUGAUUGUUGGUUCUGCUCCACUUGCGGGGAAUGUUAUGACUUUUGCUAGAUGCGUAUUAGGUUGCCUUAUUCUCGAAGGAUACGGACAAACUGAAUGUUGUGCUCCAAUCACCUUAACUCUCCAGGGUGAUUGUAUACCAGAGCAUGUAGGACCACCUGUGGCAUGUUGUUGUAUCAAGUUAAUUGAUGUCCCAGAAAUGGAGUACUAUACAGUCAACAACCAGGGUGAGAUCUGUGUUAAGGGGGCCAAUAUUUUCGCAGGAUAUUUCAAAAAUCCUGAACUAUCGGCUGAAGCAAUAGAUGAACAUGGGUGGCACCAUACUGGAGAUAUUGGAAUGUGGCUUUUGAAUGGGACGCUGAAAAUAAUUGAUCGUAAAAAGCAAAUUUUCAAACUAUCUCAAGGAGAAUAUAUAGUUCCAGAAAAAAUUGAGAAUAUAUACAUGAAGAGUCAAUAUGUCCAUCAAAUUUUUGUGUAUGGUGAGUCCCUUAAGUCGUGCAUUGUUGCAGUUAUAGUUCCAGAUGUUGAUAUUGUCAAAUGUUGGGCAACAGAGAAUAAAAUAGCUGGUACAUUAAGUGUACUAUGUGCUAAUAUUAAUGUUAAGCGCUUGAUACUUGAAGAUAUAAGAAACUGGGGUAACGAAGCUGGACUCAAAUCGUUUGAACAAGUAUAAGACACAAUCAAAAUGAAAAAAAGAAGCAUUAUCUUA